UCAUGAGAUUUAUUUUACAGUGGAGUAAUAACUCACUCACACGUGGUCUCCUUUUUCUCCUCCUCCUCAGAAGAAGAAUGAAAAACACUCAAGAGGAAACUUUUCAGUGGUUUUCAUACAGAAAAAUAGACAAUAUUUCACAGUAUUGAUGCAAGGAAAUUUUUUCUACAUCCUCUUUAUCAUUCAUAUAUUUUUUUUUUUAAGAAGUGCGAGAAAAGAAACACAACCAAGGACAAAAUUUCAUUAUAACUCGUGAUAAUGAUGUGUAACAGUGAGUUUUUUAACACUUUCUGUUGACACUCAAGUCAUUAGGAGUGCAAUUGAAAGGCCACAAUUCAUACACGCAGACUUUUCCCCGCCACAUUCAAUGGAUAACUUAAUAGCCAAAUAAUGCGGCUUUUGUGUCUCUUCUACUCUUCAGUGCAUUUUAACAGAAAGAAAAUUUCCAAAUGCGCGUGUAAUGUCAAUAGAAAAGAGGUGUCUUCAAUUGUAAAUAAUCAUUUUCCUACGACGUACAACGCCUGAGUUUCUCAAGAUAGAGAGGAAGCGUCAAAUUUAAUGCUGUGCUGAACUACAUUUUUCUUAAUCACCCGACAAUUGAACGUACUUAACAUGUCAAUAAUACUCUCGACCUCUCGGUAUCAUGUGAAGAUCGCUAAUUCAGCAAGAAUUAGAGCUUCAUGGGUAACACGUAAAAAAAGGCCAAAUGUCCACCUUAUUUGUCAGCGUAAUCCAAGCAGUCAACAGACAUUUCGUCAUUCGACAUUACACAAAAUCCAAUUGUGUAUUAAUUUCAAUUAGCAAAAACCCAAGUGAAGUGCGUGUAAAGAUGACAAAAGGACUCCAGAGAGGAUACAUAAUAUUUCUCCUGCUUUUCGCGAGUGAAUUGCUAGUGACAAGUGCUCACAAUGUCGACUACAGUCGAGAAUACAGUGAAUAUGUUGAGAAAAUUAAUGAAAAUGACUACAUUAGUAAUGAAGAUGUGGAGUUAAUUGGGCCACAGGCUGUGAAUCACGGAUCAAUUGACGACAAUGAUGAUCAAGAGACCGAUAUCUUUCAGUCUGCACCACCGCAAGUUCAUUGCAUCCAUCGCGAUAGGGGUCGAAUAUGUGACUGUGGAUUUCGCAAUGAGGAGGCUGUGCUGCCGCGAAUGAUGGGAAGCAUUGCUCAUGUAACAGUGAGCAACUGCAAAUUCGUUAGGGUAUUGAAUGGCACCUUCGACACCCUCGACAUCCUCACUCAGGUCGCCUUCAUCAACAUCGAGCAUCUCGUGCUGGACGAGAAUUCUCUGUCUUUUGCACGAGCAUCGCUUCAAUUGAGAGUUUCACUGUCCUUCACCAAUGUCAUCAUCGAGCAGAUCCCUUCGUACGCCAUCAAUGGAUUCAUCCUUGGGAUAUCCUUCGACCGAUGCCGCAUUGGACACAUCAAUUCAUUCGCUGUGACAGGAAUAAGACAUUCACUUGAGAGCUUCGCCAUCUGGAACACAUUCAUCAGUCGAAUAGAGCAUCAAGCAUUUAAGAAGUUCACUUGUGGCCAAUUCCAAAUCACCAACACGACAGUGAAUGGACAAUUGUCCUCGCGCAGUUUCUACGAUAUCGACGUAAAUCAAGCCUUGCUCAUUUCAGAAAACACCUUCUUAUCCCGGAUUCACUCGAGAGCUUUUGACUUUAGAGUUGUCAAUCUCGCUAGUAUUUUCCGGAACAAAUUUGGCGGAUUGAGUGGAGAAAGUUUCAUUAUGUCAGUCAGACAGAUGCCAAUGAUAACCGAGAACAAUAUGACUCUCGUUCAACCGCGAGCAUUCACUUCAAUAGUGAUUGAGAGAGAAGUUCUGAGGCGUCUCACGGAGCCAAUGUUCCUCGAUUUCUCCCGCAACAAUCUGGACACGCCCGAUGGACCUGAACCACUUGUGUUCGCCCCAGAGUUUAGACUGAUUUACACCAGAAAUCAGUAUAUGACUCCUAUAACUUGUGAGCAAAUCAUUCAGAUUCAGGACAAUGAGUUCUUCAAUCAAUUCUCCAGUGAAACCUUCUUCAGACUCCGUGACUACAUGAUCGAUAAGAAUGUCGAGUUCAGUCGACAAGAAGAUUUUCACUCAUUUGCCCACAUCAUUGAGAAUUUCUGCAUAGAAACAUCCUACUUCUGGUACAUCAUCCUAGGCGUUGGACUCUUCAUUCUCCUGCUGCUGUUCAUCCUCAUAAUAAUUCUGUGUGUUUGGUGGCGCAGAAGAAAGGCAAGGAAAUUGGAUAUAAUCAAGCCAGAGGGUAAAACAUACCGUGAAACACAAAUUGUCAUGCAAAUUGAAAAUCAUGGACUCUUGAAGACUGAACUGUAGAAAUUUCUUAUCUUAUAGCAACAUUGCCAACAUUAAUUUAUGAGUUAUAUACAAAACAGAGUGACUAGUUUUGAGGUGAUUUCUUAAAAUGCUAAGUCAAUUGUGAUUCAAUGUUCCUAAAGGAAAAAUAAAUAGAAACUAGAAUAGACAA